AUGUCCGUCAAUACUGGCGCAAGCAAUCUGCGAAAGGUUCUGGAAGAUCCCAACGGCUUCGUGUGUGCUCCUGGUGUAUACGAUGGCCUUUCUGCGCGAAUGGCGCUCGGGGCUGGAUUUGAUGCACUUUACAUGACUGGCGCAGGAACCGCCGCCUCGGUCCAUGGACAGGCAGAUCUCGGCAUCUGCACCCUCAACGACAUGCGCGCCAAUGCCGAGAUGAUCGCCAAUCUCUCACCUAGCACUCCGCUUAUCGCCGACGCAGACACCGGCUACGGCGGACCGAUUAUGGUGGCCCGCACGACGGAGCAGUACGCCCGGGCAGGCGUCGCAGGUUUCCACAUCGAAGACCAAGUGCAAACGAAACGAUGUGGCCAUCUCGGUGGCAAGCAACUCGUCGAUCUCCCUACCUAUACUACUCGCAUCCGUGCGGCCGUGCAGGCACGCAAGCGCAUCGGCAGCGACAUCGUGGUGAUUGCGCGGACUGACGCCCUGCAGUCCCUCGGGUAUGAUGAGAGCUUGACGCGAUUGCGUGCCGCUCGCGAUGCGGGUGCAGAUAUGGGAUUCUUGGAGGGUGUAUCUUCACGAGAGAUGGCGGCACAGGCGGUGCAGGAUCUUGCGCCGUGGCCCUUGUUGCUGAACAUGGUAGAGCAUGGUGCUACGCCGUCGCUCACGGCGCAGGAGGCAAUGGAGUUGGGAUUCAAGAUGAUUAUCUUCCCUUUUGCGACGAUCGGGCCUGCUUUGACGGCGAUGAGGGAGGGACUGGAGAAGUUGAAGCGUCUGGGACUACCGGGCCUCGACCCCGAGUUGACCCCGCAGAUGUUAUUCCGUGUCUGCGGGCUGGACGAAAGCGUCAAGUUGGACGCUGAUGCUGGCGGUGCUGCAUUUGAGGGAGGCGUGGAUCUGCAAAAGUGA